AUGAGUACUACUACUACUACUACUACUACUACUACCGAUAACUUACGUGACUUUACCGGCAAAGUAGUAGUGAUUACCGGUUCGAGUAGUUGUAUCGGAGCCGCUGCUGCCCUAGAGUUUGCCACCGCUGGGGCACAGGUAGUAGUGGUCGGCCGUAAUCGGGAACGGAUAGCCUCAGUGGCCAAACAAUGUGCGGAUAUAUCACCCACCGGGUUGGCCGGUCUGGAAAUAGUUGCCGAUAUUACCGAUGACGAGGACUGCAAGCGAUUGAUUGAUGAAACUAUCGGUGCAUUCAAUCGUUUGGAUGUAUUGGUCAACAAUGCUGGGUAUGGUGUGUCCGCUGCGGUAACCGAUGAGGAUUUUACCCGAAAAUUAGACCAAAUGAUUGGAUUACAUGUCCGAUCGUUGAUUCAAUUAACCAGACUAUCGGUACCCUAUUUGACCAAAACUAACGGUAAUAUUGUUAACAUUUCAAGUUUGGCAGCAUUUCAUUAUACCAAAUCUUUUGGACCGUACUGUAUAGCCAAGUGUGCGCAGGAUAUGUAUAGCAAGUGUGCGGCCGUCGAACUGUCCAAACUGGGCAUACGGGUCAACACAAUCAAUCCCGGCCUAACCCGUACGGGUAUUAUGACUCAAGCAGGUGUACCGCAACUGGUGUCCGACCAGUUGUUUGACAAAUGGGGCUCAAAGUUACCGCUCGGACGCCCGGGCGAUGCCCGUGAAGUGGCCCGAGCUAUACGUUUUCUGGCCUCAGGGGAGGCUUCGUUCAUAACGGGUACCGGUUUGACGGUAGACGGCGGCCAUUUGGCCGCUAAUACUGACCUGACUGUCGACGAAGUUAUUGCUAAUAAUUUGAAAUAA